CAAGUACUCAAGCCACUCUUAUAACUAUCAAUUUCUGUCAAAAUGCGCUUCAGCAUCCUUACCAUUACUGCCUUCUUCCUCGGCGCCUCCAUGGCAGUCCCCGCCGCCCCUGCUGCUGAGGCCUCCGGUGCCCUGCAGCUCACAGACAAACAACACGCCGCGCUAGAAAACCUAAAUGCGCAGGGCAUUUGUAUUUCAGGGGAUGCCUGCGACAAACGCGGGUGCUGCGAGUACAAAACUCGCAACCCUCUGGGACCUGCGUUGGGUAACUGCAAGUGCUAAGCCGGACCCCCUACCAAGAUCAAGAGGCGAUACGCCGAGAUCGAAGGAACAGGUAAUUAUUGGAGGACUGAUGGGGGGUUUUUCGCGGGUUAAAGGAAAGGGUUUCCAAGUCUUAUACUGCUGCAAAAUUGGGGCAGCGAGCAUUCACCUUGUGUCUUCGAUAGCUAGAGUACCACAGCAAGACGUGCAAUUGAACACCCGUUCGACAGGAA